UUGUCAAAGAAGUGCACCAGCAAGGCUUCCAGUGGUGGACCUAACCUGAACAGGAGUCAAUGCAGAACGGGGAGGCUGUGAGCCCCAAGGACUCUAAGGAAACAGGGGCAGAGACCACCAAGGAGCAGAAUGUCCACCACCAAAAUCAGGGGUGUAUGGAACCUACAGCGCCUCCUCUUCCUCCUCCUCCUUCACCACCACCACCACCAGGACCAGCAGAAUACCUGAGACCCAGGCUUAUCUUCCACACCCAGCUGGCUCAUGGGAGCCCAACAGGCCGCAUCCACGGAUUUACCAAUGUCAAAGAGCUGUAUGCCAAGAUCGCAGAGGUGUUUAACAUCUCCCCCUCAGAGAUCCUUUUCUGUACCCUAAACUCCCAUAAAGUGGACAUGCAGAAGCUACUGGGGGGACAGAUCGGACUGGAGGACUUCAUCUUUGCCCAUGUCAGGGGGGAGACAAAAGAAGUGGAGGUGACAAAGACAGAAGACGCACUGGGUCUUACCAUCACAGACAAUGGAGCUGGAUAUGCUUUCAUUAAGAGGAUAAAGGAAGGCAGCACCAUAGACCAGCUGAAGACAGUAUGUGUUGGUGAUCACAUUGAAGCCAUCAAUGACCAAAGCAUUGUAGGCUGUCGACACUAUGAGGUGGCUAAGAUGUUAAAAGAGCAACCGAGAAGCAUACCCUUCACCCUCCGCCUUGUUGAACCCAAAAAGGCUUUUGAUAUGAUUGGAAUGAGGACCAAGGCGCCAAAAUCCAAUGAAGGCAAGAUGGCGAACGGGAGGGAGACGCUGCGACUUCGCUCAAAGGGAGCUGCCACAGUUCAAGAAGUGCAGAACGAGUUUGAAGAGCAAGCCACCAAAAAAGUGGAUGACCUGCUGGAAAGCUACAUGGGUAUCAGAGACGUGGAGCUAGCAACCACCAUUGUGGAAGCAGGCAAGGACAAGAAGAGUCCGGACGACUUUGCUGAAGCGUUGGAUUCAGUUCUGGGGGAUUUUGCUUUCCCGGAUGUGUUCAUGUUUGAUGUUUGGGGUGCUAUCAGAGAUGUCAAAAAUGGCAAGCUUUAGACAUUAACCCAUAAACUAAAAGCUUUCGUCUGUGUUACAUUCAUCUGUAAAAAAAAAAGGAAAAAAAAAAGGAAACAUUAAGAAUGAUUUUAUUGUUUUGUUCUUAGUCCUUGGUUUAACUUUUAACCUCUGGACUGUUUAUGAUAGAAAUAGGGAGCAAAACCAUUCAAGCAGCUUACCUUUGGUCAGUCAAACUUAGGAUUCUUUUAACCCUUGUGCUAUCCUAUGACCCCACCCUUACAUUGACGUGUUCUUCCUACCAUGACAAAGGUGGAUA